GUCCGGACGGGCGCCGGAGGUCAGGGUGUCUGCUGGACCGACAUCUCCCGGUGCAUUUUCCGGGGGCUGGGCAGCGAAUCCUGCGUCGCUUCGCAGUGGGAAUGCUCGGGAUUUCCCCGGGCCCCACCAGCAUGGGCAGUCUCACGUACCGAGAAGACCUUGAAGAAGAGAAGAACUCAGAGUUCACCUGGGAAGUGCAGGCCAACAACCAGGCCUACAACAGCCAGUUCAAGGAGAAGGUCUUUCUGUGUUGGCAGAGAAAGAAGUACAAGAAGAACGUCAUCCACACGGCCAAGUACAAUGUCUUCUCCUUCCUGCCCUUGAACCUGUACGAGCAGUUCCACCGCUUUUCCAACCUCUACUUCCUUUUCAUCAUCCUCCUCCAGAGCAUCCCCGAGAUCUCCACGCUGCCCUCGUUCACUCUGCUCGUCCCGCUCAUCUGCCUCCUCACCAUCCGGGCCAUCCGAGACCUGGUGGAUGAUAUUGGGCGACACAGGAGUGACAAGAUCGUCAACAAUCGGCCGUGUCAGAUCCUAAUGGGGAAGAGCUUUCUGUGGAGAAAAUGGAAGAAUAUACAUGUGGGAGACCUGGUCUGUCUGCAUAAAGACAGCAUUGUCCCGGCUGACUUGGUUUUGCUGGCCAGCACAGAGCCCAGCAGCUUGUGCUAUGUGGAGACGGCUGACAUCGACGGGGAGACCAACUUGAAGUUCAGGCAGGCCCCAAUGAUCACGCACCACGAGCUGACCAGUAUAAGGAAGAUAGCCUCCUUCCAAGGGAAGGUGGUGUGUGAGGAACCCAACAGCCGAAUGCACCAUUUCGUCGGGUGCCUGGAGUGGAAGGGCAAGAAAUACCCCCUGGAUAUUGGUAACAUCCUCCUGCGAGGCUGCAAGAUCCGGAACACAGACACCUGCUAUGGACUGGUCAUCUACGCUGGUUUUGACACAAAGAUCAUGAAGAACUGUGGCAAGAUUCAUCUGAAGAGAACCAAGAUAGACCAUUUGAUGAACAGACUGGUGGUCCUGAUCUUUGUGUCCAUGGUGGUGGUUUCCGUGGCCCUGACCUUUGGCUUCUGGCACGAGGUGAAAGAGUUCAAGGCCCAUCACUACUACGUGUCUGCCAUGCACACUAACAGUGUGGCUGUGGAGGCCUUCUUCAUCUUCUGGGGCUUUCUCAUCCUGCUCAGCGUCCUGGUGCCCAUGGCCAUGUUUGUUAUCAGGGCAGAAUUCAUCUACCUGGGGAACAGCGUCUUCAUCAACUGGGACCAGCACAUGUACUACGAGCCCCAGGACCUGCCCGCCAAAGCGCGAAGCACCAGCCUCAACGACCUGCUGGGCCAGGUGGAGUACAUCUUCUCUGACAAGACGGGCACGCUCACCCAGAACAUCAUGACCUUCAAGAAGUGCUGCAUCAACGGAGUUGUCUAUGAGGAGACCCCAGGCAAGGAGAACCCCUUCCUUUGGAACAAAUUUGCUGAUGGGAAGCUGCUGUUCUGCAACACGCAACUCCUGCAGGCCGUGCGGGCCAACCAGGACUGGAGGGUGCGUGAGUUCUGGCGUGUGCUGGCCAUCUGCCACACGGUGAUGGUGCAGGAGAUGAACAACCAGCUAGUGUACCAGGCAGCUUCCCCUGACGAGGAGGCACUGGUUACAGCGGCCCGAAAUUUUGGCUACGUGUUCCUGGCACGCACGCAGGACAGCAUCACCCUGAUGGAGCUGGGGGAGGAGUGUGUGUACCAGGUCCUGGCCAUGAUGGACUUCAACAGCAUCCGCAAGCGGAUGUCAGUGCUGGUCCGCAAGCCCGAGGGCUCCAUCUACCUCUACACCAAAGGGGCUGACACAGUCAUCUAUGAGCGCCUGCAAAAGAAAGGCGAGACAGAAUGGGCCACAGAGGAGGCCUUGGCCUCCUUUGCCACGGAGACCCUGCGGACAUUGUGCCUGGCCUGCAAAGAGGUGGAUGAGGAAGUGUAUGAGCAGUGGUGGCAGCGGCACCAGGAGGCCAGCAUCCUGCUGCAGAACCGCGCCCAGGCCCUGCACGAACUGUAUGAGGAGAUGGAGCAGAGCCUCCAGCUCCUGGGAGCCACAGCCAUCGAGGACAGGCUCCAGGACGGUGUCCUCGAAACCAUCAAGUGUCUCAAGCAGGGGAACAUCAAAGUGUGGGUCCUCACAGGGGACAAGCAAGAGACAGCCGUGAACAUUGGUUUUGCCUGCGAGCUGCUCUCAGAGAACAUGAUCAUUCUGGAGGAGAAGGAGAUCGUACGGAUCCUCGAGGUCUACUGGGAGAACAACAACCUGCAAGGUGGCAAAAAGAAAGAGCUUCCCCUGCAGUUCAAGAUGGCCUUGGUCAUUAACGGGGAGUUCCUGGACCAGCUACUGCUGUCCUUGCGCAAGGAACCCCGAGCCCUGGUCCAGAACGUGAACGAGGACCCGCUGGAGUCCUGGCAGGAGCUGGAAGAGGAGAAGGUGGACUUCCUGCAGGCCAGGCGCCUGUCCCUCAUGUGGCGGACACUGGGGAUCCAGCUGCGGAGCUCGGGGCUGAUACCCCAGCACAAAGACUCCAAGAUCCUCCGGAUCGCUGAGGAGCAGCGGGAGCGGGCCUUCGUGGAGCUGGCCUCCCGAUGUCAAGCGGUCAUCUGCUGCCGCGUGACACCCAAGCAGAAGGCCCUGAUCGUGAAGCUGGUCAAGAAAUACCAGAACGUGGUGACCCUGGCCAUCGGGGAUGGCGCCAACGACGUCAACAUGAUCAAGACUGCAGACAUCGGCGUGGGGGUGGCGGGUCAGGAGGGCAUGCAGGCAGUGCAGAACAGCGACUACGUGCUGGCCCAGUUCUGCUUCCUGCGGCGGCUGCUGCUGGUGCACGGACGCUGGUCCUACAUGCGCGUCUGCAAGUUUCUGCGCUGCUUCCUCUACAAGACGCUGGCCAGCAUGAUGGUCCAGAUCUGGUUCACCUUCUACAGCGGCUUCACUGCCCAGCCUCUGUACGAGGGUUGGUUCCUGGCGCUCUUCAACUUGCUAUACAGCACCCUCCUGGUCCUCUAUAUCGGGCUCUUUGAGCAGGAUGUGAGCGCAGAGCGAAGCCUUGAGUUGCCAGAGCUGUACAUCGCAGGCCAGAAGGACGAGCUCUUCAACUACUGGGUCAUCCUGCAAGCCAUCGCCCAUGGCACAGCCACCUCUCUGGUCAACUUCUUCAUGACGCUGUGGAUCAGCCAGGACUCAGCUGGGCCUGUCAGCUUAAGUGACUACCAGUCCUUUGCGGUGGUCGUGGCCCUGUCCAGCCUGCUGUCCAUCACUAUGGAGAUCAUCCUAAUCACCAAGUACUGGACCAUCCUGUCUUUGCUGGCCAUUUUCCUCAGCCUCUGCUUCUACGUGGUGAUGACCAGCCUCACCCAGAGCUUGUGGCUUUUCAAACACUUCCCCAAGAACUUCCCAUUUCUGUACGCUGACCUCAACGUGCUGUCCCAGCCCCCCAUAAUGCUGGUGAUCCUGCUGAAUGUGUCACUGAACACCCUGCCUGUGCUGGCCUUCCGGGUCAUUUACCAAGCCCUCAAGAAGCCACAGCGCAAGGAAGAGGUAGAGAAAGUCACAAGUGAGGAGAUCACCGUGGAGCCUGUGCCCUGUAUCCGCAGGGAGUCACGGGCCCGGCGCUCCAGCUAUGCCUUCUCCCAUCGGGAGGGCUAUGCUGACCUCAUCACCCAGGGCACGAUUCUGCGGAGGUCAGCGGGGGUCAACAGUGACAUGCUGGUUGAUCACACAAUGCCACCUGAUGAACCAUCUGGGAGCAUGAAGGAGUCCUCGUGGUACCCAAGGAAGAUGUCAUUUCUGGGGAGGAAGAGGCACUCACACCAUGGGAAGGUGUCCUCUGAGGACAUGCAGCCUCCCUCUGAGGAGAAGUUGCCAUAUUCUCCUGAGAGCCUGCUGCCAACUGAGAUGCCACUGUCGACUCUAGAGAGCCAAGGUACCUCUGUUGAGAGCCAGAUGCUGCCUUCGAGCCAGAUAUCCCUGCACAGCCAGCCAGCAUACCUGCCACAGGAGAAGGCAUCCCUCUUGAAGAUCCGGAAACUGUCCUGGAAGAACUGGCCGUACAUCUGGCAAAAGGAACCCGAGCCCCGCAGGGAAGGGAUAUUGCCAGUUUCCAGCUCAAAUCUUAGUGCUGUGAUGGAAACUGUACCACCAAGUGCAAAAGGAUCAUCCAUCAGUGAGCAGUCAAUGGAGGUGGAGCCCUCACCUGUGGAGAGGGAGCCAUCACCUAUGGAGUGGCUACCAGAGCCCAGUGGGGACCAAGCUGUACCUGAUCUGGCAGAGCAGCUUCCCUGACUCCUGGGGCAUCAGUGACUGCUCAGGCAUAGUAAGUGUCAUCCAGCAAGCAUGAGGCAUCCCCUGAAGACAGGGCUACACCAGCUCUUCUUUCCCUAAUAAAUCACAGUCUGUCUGAC